GUGCUGUUGAGAAGAUGUCGGCCAUCACGCACGGCGCGCUUCGCGGCUACUGGGGCAAGAUGUUUCAGGGCGGCCAGGACUGCCCCGACGCCUUUGGCUACGAGCCCGCGGUCAAAAUCUUGCGCUCGAGCGACAUGACCGACGAGGAGAAGCUCAUAGCUCUCGCAAAGGAGGCGAUGGCGCUCGCGCCCCUCGCCAAGGGUGCCCUGUCGGACGAGCGUCUGGAGAAACGCCAUCGCUCAGGCUGUUCGACUACCGUCAAAACCUUUCGGCCGGACCAGUACGUCAUGCCUCCGGGCGAUUGGGGCACCGCCCAGCUCCACCACUUCAGCAAGACGCAGGGCUCCAACGAGGACAUCCAGCAUGGCGGGGUGGCCACGCCGACGCCUCAGCUCGGCAAUGGCGCAUUUAACCCGCACUCAUAUGCGUGGAGCAAGACCCCAAAUUUGUACAAUGUACUGGGGGUCGAGCCGAGGGCGAACGUCAACAUCGCAUCUGGCUUCCGUGACAUGCACAAGGUCUGCCAUGCGGACGCGAUGGCGCGCGAGAGGAACGGUAGGCUCGACACGGUCGGGUUGCUCGCCAAAAUGUUCAAGAAGCCGUCAUACAAGCCCAUGGUCAGGCUGCCGCCCGGUAUGUACAAUGCCAUCUGGAACUCCGCCAGCGCAGGCAAGGUACCGUGGAUCGCGGGCCUGGAGCCGUUCGUGCAGGGCGUGAACGUGAACCUUCUCGUCCUUCGUGGAAAGCAGUCCAUCAGGCAUAUCCUUCAAGAUGUGGGCGGAGCACGGAAGAUCCAUGAUCUAAGUGCAGUCGUCGUCACGCCGUGGUUUGAUGCGAGUGCGCCGAUGAACUUUCGCAUGCCCUGGCCCUACUUCGCUCUGCAGCAGAACGAGGAGCUGCUCGAGGCGUGGCUUCAGGAGCCGACUGACCGGCUGUGCGACGCGCUGCGGACCAGGGCCCCUCGUGACCUCCUCGAGUGGUUCUCGGAACCGAUAUGGGACCAUGUCGACCAAUAUCGGCCAGGAGGAGCGCGCAGGCAUAUCACGGACAGAUUUUGUUCGAUUCGUGCCACGCUCCCCGACCAUGUCGACUGUACUGGCGUCACGGCUGACCCGGGGCAGGCUCCGCUCGGGCCCGCAUCGCAAGAGAAGUAUCCCAUUAAGGAGAAUCACGAUCUCGAACAUGGUGCCCUUGGUCACAGGAUGCUCCUCAAGGACUUCAGCUCCAUGAGCAGCUACGACGGCAUCAGCUUUAAGGAGCUUGAGGACCACGUGAACACGAACCCUACCUUUGAGUUCGUCAAGGACCGCCUGCGUCGCCCUGCAUGGUGGGGCGACGCGUGGCCCUUCGUCACCCUUCAGGGCCGCAGAGCGGCUCAGGGCGAACCCCAUGAGGAGGACUCUGCAGACAGCCUCGUGCACUACGGGUGGCUGAAGCGCACGGACUACAUGUCUCCAGACCGGGAGCAACGUGCCAGGGGCGGAUUGAUUGACUUCGAGUUCGACCCCGCUCCGCUCUACGAAAUGCCGACUGCCGACAUCAACCUCAGGGGGCAGAUGAGGCAGGAUAUCAUUGCGGCUCGAGUGGAUCAAAGGAGCAGCGGCGCGCGGCCGGCCGCCGCCGCCGCCGCCGACGGCGCCGCCCCAGCACGUGCAGUCACCGGCUGCCACUCGCGAGGCGCAGCCGCCAUCGCCGCGGGGCCCGCCGCCGCCGACGGCGCCGCCUCAGCGUGCGCAGUCGCCGGCUGCCACUCGCGAGGCGCAGCCGCCAUCGCCGCGGGGCCCGCCGCCGCCGAAGGCGCCGCCCCAGCACGCGCAGUCACCGGCUGCCGCUCGCGAGGCGCAGCCGCCAUCGCCGCUGGGGCCACAGCCGCCGCAGGCGCCGCCCCAGCAUGCGCCAUCGCCCGCUGCCACUCGCGAGGCGCAGCCGCCGUCGCCGCGGCGCCCGCCGCCGCCGCAGGCGCCGCCUCGGCACGUGCAGUCGCCAGCUGCCACUCGCGAGGCGCAGCCGCCAUCGCCGCGGGGCCCACCGCCGCCGAAGGCGCCGCCUCAGCGCGCGCAGUCAUCAGCUGCCACUCGCGAGGCGCAGCCGCCACCGCCGCGGGGCCUACCGCAGCCAAAGCCCGGGCCGCCACCCAUGCGUCGGACGGCCUGGAGCAGCGACCAGUGGGUGGCUAUGCGGCGGAGCCAUCAUCGGGACUGGCUGAACGCCUCCGUAGGGCGCAGGAGCUGGAGGAGGCGGCGAAGGCAGCCGCCGACGAGCAGCAGCAGCCAGCCCCCGGCUCGCGACAGUCGGACUCGUCGAUGCCGCCCGAGUUCGAGGUGACGUCGCCCGAGGACGACAACGCCGACCCCGCGGAGAACGCCGGGCAGAUGCCAGACCUGCCCGAGGAGAAGACGGAGCCUCAGAUUUCCCAGGUGGACCAGGAGAAGCUGAGGCAGAUCCACGAGAACAGCCCGAGGGCCAAAGCAGCCGUCGGUGCUGAUGCCAGUCCUGCGUCGGGGAAAACGGACGGCGAUCAGGCAAUGUCCGACGUCUUCGCCCCCAUGACGCAGGCUGCGGAGGCGAUGGCCGAGCGGAAGGAGAGCCGGUGCGCCCUGGCCGACAGGGUGGGCGUGCACGGUUUCUGGAACGCGCUGGCCUACUGUCGCGAGCAGCUCAAGAAGGGCGGCGUUGCCGACCCGCACCUCGACUUUGAGUUCAUGCCGAAGGCGGGGCCGCCGCCCGCCUAUGUCACGGCGGCGAAAUCCGUCGGGAAGACUCUGGCAAACCUCAUCAAGCCAGAGGCGGCGACUGCGUUCACGAGGCUCGACUCCCCGCAGGCCCGCGCGGCGCUCAGCAGUCGCAUGCGAGCAGCAGGCAUGCCGCCCCGCAUUUCGGGAGAGGCCAUUUACCUGUACGCCGCCCACGGUGUGCCAUGUACCACGUGGCACCAGCCAGCGCCCACCAAGACAUGGGCUGGUAAGAUCGCAGCGCACAUGGACGAGGGCGUGCGGGUGUACAAAGACAUUGAGCACCUCGUCUCCAAUGGCGCUUAUUAA